AUGGUCAAGGAAGACAUGGUGAAAGGUGUCAAGGUCGGCGCGACCAGCAACGGACCGUUCAAUGACCGCUAUGACUGCAGAGAUCGACGCGACCAACGCGAAAAUCGUGACUUACACGAGAUUCGUCUUCACAAACGGACUGUGACAGACGACAAAAAGAAAAACGAGCGCCAAGAUGAUAAUGGUAUGUGGUGCAAGUUCCACAAAGCGAGACCUCACAACUCCAGCGAGAGCUUCGCUAUUAAGAAGCAGCGCGAGGAGCACAAGCCCGCUGAGAUAAAGACAACUGUCCCGAGCAAGAACAAGUAUCCCCAUUUUGAAGGAGAGUCAAGAUACAGCGACAGCAACAGCGAGUUUAAGCUCGUAGGCAUGGUCGCCAAGAAGCAUACCAGCACCAAGCUCGCUCCGUUGCGCAUCAAGGUUUAUCUUUAG